UACUGAACGUUCCUGACAAGAUUUCACUUUAGUCUUUAUUUCUUUAUACUUCAUAUUUGGGUUGCUCAUUUACGAGGAGAAUGAUAUUGGUCGCAUUCUUUGUGCUGUGCAGCUGUUGUGUGGCUGAAACGGAAAUACAGGUUGAGUUAAAGCCGGACAGGCCGUAUCUGCAGGUGCGGUUCUCUGGCACUGCCGAACUGGAGUGCUGCUACAUUGCCGGCGGAUCAGUUGAUUACAAAUGGGUCAAAAAGCCUUCUGCCAGCAACGUCACCUCAGAUGAGAUCACCAACAGCAGCCGGGUGUCUAUCAUCUUAGAAGGGAAGGACAAGACCACGUGCUCCAUUCUCACUAUCAAACAGGCGCAAUACAAUGACUCCGGGAUAUACCGCUGUAUGCUCUACAAGGACAAGAAGACCCCUGUCUAUACACAUGGGACCUUCCUGGUGGUCUACAAGCCACUGGAGAAGACAAUAGACAUCAGUGAAAACAACAAGAACAGGAUCUUGACAGCUGAGGGGAUCUUGCUUGUCCUAUGUGUUCUCCUGCCUUCUGCCUCACUUUUCUGCCAGUCAAAGAGACUCACCGAACUUGAGAAGAGGAAGAUAAAAAGCGAAGAGGAGAAUAUAUAUCAGGGACUGAAUCUGGACGACUGCUGCCCUGCAUAUGAUCAGAUCCUGCGCACCCAGGUGACGAGCCCGUACCAGGAUGUGGACAACGUCAUAGAGGAGGAGGAUGACAUCCAACUGGAGAAACCCUGAGGGGAAAAAGCAGAGAUGGAGAAAAAUAAAGAGAUGGUGUUGGAUGAUCCCGAGAGAGAGAAAAAAGAAAGAGGUUGUUGAGAGGUUUGGAGAGCUGAGGUUUGAGACAUGUGGUGCUGGUAUUGUCUGGUGGCUCUGAAACAUUUAUUGCAUCCUUCCCCAACACACAUAUACACCUGAAUUUGGGAGGAGAGCUUUGUUUGCUAUAUAGCUUUCAUUGUAGCUUCUGGCAACAUAUCAUUCACUAUGCUUUUUUUUUUUUUUUUUUUUUUUUUUUUGGACACGUAUUUUAAAGAAACAGUUCUAUUCAUAUGUUUGCAGUUUAUGUGUUGUAUGCAUUUUUAAUGUUGCCAUUCCUCUUUAUAAAACUUGAUUUGACUCCACAACUUGCCUGUGUGCUCAGUGA